CCCUGUGAGCAGCGUGAGCAGCCAGGGCUGGCCCUGGUCCCCUCCCCGUGUCCUCUGCUGUCACCCGGAGAGCCUGCUCUGGAAAUCCCCCCCAGCUGCCCCCACCUCCUCUCGCUGAGCGCCGCAGCUCCUGCCCCCUGCUCGGGCUCUGAGGAUGCCCAGGAGAGCAGGCGGCUGCUGGGAUCCUAGAGAGAGACCUGGAAUCCACUGACCCUUGGACCACUGGAGCAGUGAGAUGUCCUCUUCCAACAGGACUGGGUCCAGCCCCCUGGCCUUCAUCCUCACAGGCAUUCCCGGGGUGGCAGUGAGCAGCCUCUGGGUGGCCCUGCCCCUGUGCUGCCUGUACCUGCUCAUGCUGCUGGGGAACUGCUGCCUGCUCUGGGCCAUCAGGGCAGAGCACGCCCUGCACGCCCCCAUGUACCAGCUCCUGUCCAUGCUGGCCCUGGCAGACCUGGGGCUGUCCCUCUGCACCCUGCCCACCGUGCUGGCCGUGUUCUGCGUCCCGGCCACCUCGCUCCCCUUCCAGGCCUGCCUUGCCCAGAUGUACUUCAUCCACACCUUCUCGGCCAUUGAGUCCGGGGUCCUGGUGGCCAUGGCCUUCGACCGCUUCGUGGCCAUCUGCCACCCCCUGCGCUACGGCUCCGUGCUGAGCGGCUCCCUGGUGGCCAGGGCAGGGGUGCUGAUCGUCCUGCGGGGCACCUGCCUGGUGCUGCCCGUCGCUGCCCUCAUGGCAAGGAUGCCGUUCUGCAGGGCCCGCGUUCUGUCCCACUCCUUCUGCCUGCACCAGGACAUGCUGAGGCUGGCGUGCGGGGACGUGCGGCCCAGCAGCUGGUACGGGCUGAGCGCCGUGAUCCUCACCAAGGGCCUGGACUCACUGGCCAUCCUCCUGUCCUACGUGCUCAUCCUCAGGGCCAUCCUGGGCACCAUCUCCCCGGGGGCGCGAGCCAAAGCCUUCAGCACCUGCAUCUGCCACCUCUGCGCCGUCCUGCUCUUCUACAUCCCACUCAUCAGCCUGUCCGUCAUCCACAGACUGGUUGCUCAUGGGCAAUACCUCUCCUGGAGAAAAUCCCUUGUGUUCCUUCCCAUCCCUGUCACCUCUCUGCAGCACGGCUCUGCUCCUCUCCACAGAGGGAUGGGUUAUGACAAUCCACACUAUCCCCCUCCCGUUUUGGGAUGCUCCACUCUCCGAAGGGCUGCGAGAGGCCAGAGCUGGUGUGGCCUUGUGGCAAAGCUGCCCUCCCUGCAGGCAGAGGAGAGACAAGGCUGCUGGGAGCAGGCUUUCACUGGAAUUCACUGCCAAGAUGGGGUUUGGUCUCUGCAGAAAUACAGACAGUGUUACCAGACUUGUGUUUUUAUUUGCAAUAUCCCUGUUCAGUCCAGGAUAUGAGACCGUCAGUUCCCAGAGUUGUGUGACCCUCUGAGACUCCUUAGCCUUCAUUGUACAGCCAAUGUGAGCCACAUCUUUGCAGUUAGGGAGACAAGAACUCGCCUGUGGACACAAACCCAGAAAUCUGAGUACCUGGGACACAAACCCAGAAACGUGACUGUGGUGUCCUUGAGGGGUCUGCAAGGGGAGUGUGUGGUUUUUCCUGACUCAUGAUACCAUCUCAGCCUAUAACCCUUCUGGGAACAUCAGGAAAAUCCCUCCCGCCUCCGAGGUUAUGAUCCCAAUGAGGACAGGCUCCUCUGAGUGGAGCUCCAGGGUACCCUGGGUAUGCAGUGCCAUCCAAAGGCGUCCUGUGAUGUGUGGGGUGGUUGUGCACAGCCACAGUCCCUUAGGCACACUCGAGAUGCACAGGUGACAUGUUUCACACCUGGGCUGCUGGGCUGCCCCUCUCAGAGCACCCAGUAGUCACUGAGGAGCCUCCACCCCAUCCCCAGGCAAUCCCUCCUGACUAACCACACCUGGAAUUGUGUAAAAUA